AAACCAAUUUUCCAAAUCAAUAUUCUUUCGAUUCUUAUUCGUGCCAUCAAAGAACUGCACAAAAGUGAUCGUUUUCUACUAAUCGCUCUUCAAGCCGUGGGGCUCUUCACACUUGAUAUAAUCCUUCCCACCCGAUGCAGUCACCGCUACAACUUAACAAGAUACUCAGCGCUACGGUAUCUUUUGUUGACUUACAAUUGAUAAGCAUCGAUAUAAAUAGCUGCGUCGGCUGUUUCUCGGUGCUAGAUUUGCUACAACUUUUAGAAAUGAAAAACCUGCAGCUACGAGCCAUCAUUGCGCUGGUAAUACUGUGCAUCCAACAGGCACAAUCUCUCCAGUGCUACGUGUGUCUAAGUGCGGUGAGCUUUGACGACUGCUCCACUAAAGCCCAGAAAAUUGACUGUGACUCACCGCCGCCCGAUCUGCCGUUCCCGUUCACCACGUCAACGGCUAGAAAUGGCAACUUCGCGUGCGGAAAGGGCAGCGGAUCCGGUUCGGGAGGGCAGGUCUUUAUGAAAUCGUGCAUUCCCAAAAUGACCGAGACAGAGUUCUGUGCCUUGCUAACGGCGGAAGUGGAGGCGGACGGCAAAGUGGACGUAUGUAAAGUGUGCAACGACAAUCUAUGUAACGCAAGCAGUGUGCGAGUGUUGACCGGUGCUUUGCUGCUGUUGACCGUUGGUCUAAUUUUUCGCACGUAGCUAGGGGCGAUUGUGUAACGGCCGCAUAUAAGCCGUACGACAGUCAGUGAGACUGAAAAUAGACUGCUAAUUCAUUCAUUUAGUACCAA